AGCUAUAUAACUAUAGAUCCCUGGAUACAAAGAUACACCUGCUGAGUUUCCCCACUCUCAGCUUACACAACGACUGUGACCAUGAAGCUGGCUAUUCUGAUCUGCGUUUCUGUUCUCAUUUACCUCUCUGUGGCAGAGGCACAACAGAGUGAGGACAACAAUGUUCCUGAUUUUGGAUGUACUCGUGAGUACAAUCCAGUGUGUGGAGAUGAUGGUGUCACAUACUCCAAUGAGUGCAUGCUACAGUGGGAGAACAAGAUUCGUGGCAAGAAUGUCAGCCUGAAGCACGUAGGAAAGUGUGAGACGUCCUGAACUCACUGCUGUUACAUCUAUAGUAUCCACAAUGGCUUUCCAUAUAGAUACUACAGCACCAACCAGCGUGAUUUCCUAUCAUACAUUAAUCAGUAUAAUAUGAAGACAUAAUGCUAUUGGAACCUUAUCAGACAUUGCUUUGUCAACAUGUAAUCACAUGCAAGUGAAGCAUUUAAGAGCUCUAUUUUAUUAAUAAAUGAAUAAAAAAAGAAUUUCAAAUAAACCACAUUCAAAAUCUAAA